UGUUAUGUAAAUAAAGCUAUUUGUAGUUCUCCAAAAAAAAGAAGCUAUCUGUAGAUAUACAUAUAUAUAUUCUUCUGUGAAGUAAUAUGAUUGCUGUCUGACACUGAUCUUUAAAAAAAUCUGCUCUUGGAUUUCGGAUUCUGCUGCAAACGAAGAAAGCCAAAGUGUUCAUCUGUUCAGUGUAAGAAACUCUAGAAAUUUUCUCAGGAAACUAUGGUUUUCUUUGAAGCUGAGAAUAGUAAAAUGAGUCCGAAUUAAAAGUUCACAAUCUCAUUCUAUAUUCUCUCUUGACUCCGUAAAAGAUGAUGCAAAUGGACGGUGGUGAUAGGCUGAGAGUGACGUUACUAGAUUGUAUGGAGACUGGCCGGAGCUCGUUACCGGGGUUGACUCUCGAAGCUAUUCUAAUGGCCGACAGAAACGGAACCUCGCCGCAGCCUCUGCCGUCUAGGAACCAAUCAAAUCGGACACUUCUUGAUGUAAUGCAGAGAGAGCACCGACACGACUACAGCAGCCACCGAGACAAGACCGCUUGGAAGUCUCUCCGCGAAAAGCUCCGCCUCAAACGCAAUGCUACCGUUUGGAUCUCGUCGAAUCCUAUCCCGAGUUUGAAUACCCCUGUCCUUAACCGGGAUAGUGACAGUCACGAAGGAGGACAAUCGCAACCGGAGUCUGCUUCCAGCGGCGGAGUAACGGCGGAGGGGAGGUUACAGUUAGGAGCGGUGUUGGCGGAGGAGAGAGCGUUAUCAGCGAGGGAAGAGGAAACGCCGCCGGUGACGACAGACAUGCAGCCGGCGAGGAUGUCGUUGAUGGAGUUGUUGGAUGAGAACGAAGGGCAAAUGGGCUUGGUAGAAGUAGGAGGAGACGGGGAGGAAGAGGAGAGAGGAGUGGUGGAGGAGACGGCGGCGGCGGCGGAGAUAAGUUGUUGUGUUUGUAUGGUAAGAAGCAAAGGAGCAGCGUUUAUACCGUGUGGUCAUACGUUCUGCAGGUUGUGUUCGAGAGAGCUUUGGGUUCAAAGAGGAAACUGUCCUCUAUGCAACACCUCCAUUUCAGAAAUCCUUGAUCUCUUUUAGUCAUUUUCUUUUCACUUUUAAUUAUCAUAUUUAGGUUGUUUUAUGUCUUGUUGUAAUGUGUUGUUGAAAACUGAAGAGAAACUCUUUGUCGAAUUCUCUCUCUCUCAGAUUCUUGGAAGUGUUAACCGUUUUUCUGUUA